CUGCUAUCGACCACCUGCCACUUCGUGACCUCAUCGAAGCCAAGCACGGGCAGCAUCGUGCAGAGGUCGUCCAAUCGCGCUGGGUCCGGUUCGCAGCGCAGCGCGCUGGUGGGCGAAGGCGGCGAGGGUGCGAGGCGUGAGAGCGGGAGGCGACAGGUUGCGGUCGUGAGCGCGAACCUUGGCAUCUGGGCAAGUCUUGGCGCCGCCCCGUGACCACUGGCAUCAACUUCCCGCGCAUGGCACCUCCCCCGGCCUCCGGCUCACAGUUCAGCCACUAACCCCCGCCCUCGCCAAGUGCCCAGCCGCCAAGCAGGGCCAUGGCAGAUGGUGAGGAUGUUGUGUGCGGCUGUGUGAGCACAAAAGGCCGGCCAGCCAGCAUCGAGUGCUCCAUCCCCACUGAUACCCACACUCACUAUGCGUUUCCCCGUCCUUGUUUCCGUUGCUGCCCUCGCUGCCUCCGUCUCGGCCUCGCCCGCCAAGCGCCAGGACGCAUGCGCUACCCAGUGCGACUUUGAGCAGAAGUUCUGCGCCUUCCGCGAGUCGCCCGACUGCGCGACCGUGUGCACCGCUGCCGAGUACAACAAGUGGGUGGCGUGCCACGCGUGCCAGCUCCAGGCGGGCAACACGGCCGAGGCCGACGCGCUCAAGACGGCGAUUGCGCGCCUCGCCGCCGGCUGUCUCUCGACCGGCAACGGCCUGACCGGCGGCUCGACUUCGGCCCUCGCGUCGGCGACUGGCGCCGCCCCGGCUUCCGCCGCGUCCUCCGCCCCCGCCGGCGCCGUCGUCGACGCCGCCUCGCCCUCGGGCUCCGCCUCCCCCAUGGCCUCGGUCGCGUCCUCUGCCUCGGCCGCCAUGAGCUCUGCCAUGAGCUCCGCCGCCUCGGCUGUCGCAUCCGGCUCGGCUGCCGCCCCCUCGGCUUCGGCUCCCGCCGCCUCCACCACCUCCUCGGGCGCCAUGGGCAACGCUGUUCCCGUCCUUGCUGGUGUUGUCGGCGUCGCUGCCGCGCUCCUCGCCUGAUCCCCUCUUAGUCUGGAUUCCGUCGUUUACCAUCAUUUAAUACCGUUCAGAAGUAUGGAGGGACUUUGAUCGCAU